AUUUCAUGAAGUUUGUGGUAAUAUCAUGAAACUCAUUCUCAAGAUGUAGUCAGAUGGCUGAAUUUCCUGCAUUUUUAGUGGAGAACACUUUAAUGAGGUGUCAUUAGUAUUGUAAAUUUGUACAAAGUUUUCAAUUACACCUUUUUUGUAUGUGUUAAGUUUCAAAUUAUUCUUUGAUUUUUUAAAAAAAUUGCUUUCUUCUUUUGUUAUUGUUGUAUCAGUUGUAUUUGAUGGUAAUUGUGUUUCUUUAUGGUUUUCCCAAGUUUUGUUUUUCCUCACUUUGAAAAAAGUGCACUGUGGAUUUUGGGGUAUUUUGCUCUCCAGAAGUGAGAUUGUGUAAAGUGUGAAAAUUCCUACUGCAAAGACUUUGCCAGAUUACUCAAACUGAUUUAAAAUGUGUUAACUUUCUAGUAUUGUAGGUUUAAAACCACACUAGAAUGUCUUCAUUUUUUUUCUAUUUCUCUUUUGAUCUACAAACAGUUUUAGAGUAGAGUGGACAGAGAAUUCCCUUGAUAAAGAGUUAGAGUUGAUCCCAUUUAAAAUCCUGGGAAAUAUAGGAAAAAGUAUCAUACAGCUAUUUAGAGAUAGUAUUGCUUAUUGAUAGUGUUCCACAAUUAUAACUUCUUUGAUUUUAGAUGACUGCUUUGUGUUUUGAUCUAGUUCUUGAAGGAAUAUAAAAAUGCCAUUAGCACAGGCCUUAUUUCUCCUAAAAGAUGAUCCUUCAUCUGAAAACUGGAAUGAGAAUCAUCUUAUGAUAGUCUGUUCUAAUAGGUAAAAAGUUUUCUGUUGGAACUUACUAAGGUAAAUUCUGAUUAUUUUGAAAACUAAUGAUGUUUUAAUUAAUGCACAGAGGUCAAAAUGCGUAAGAUCUUGUUGUGGAGUCUCCUAUUGAUUUUUUCUGGAAGUCAAGCCUCAAGACCAUUGGCUCAAAGAAAUAUCGAAUUUGCAGUGGACCUUUAUCAAGCUAUUUCUUUAUCUCACGAGAACAACAUUAUAUUUUCCCCUCUGGGAACAGCGUUGGGUCUUGGGAUGGUACAACUGGGAGCAAAAGGAAAAGCACAACAGCAGAUAAGACAAACUUUAAAACUUCAGGAAACCUCAGCUGGGAAAAUUAAAGACAUGUUUUCAGAGGAAGACUUUGGUCCUCUGACUCGGCUUGUCCUGGUGAAUGCUGUUUAUUUCAAGGGUGAUUGGAAGCAGAAAUUCACAAAAGAGAGCACACAGUUGAUGAAUUUUACUAAGAAAGAUGGUGCAGCAGUCAAAAUCCCAAAGAUGAAGACUCUUGUGAGAACAAAAUAUGGUUAUUUUUCUGAAUCGUCCAUGAACUACCAGGUUUUGGAAUUACCUUAUAAAGGUGAUAAGUUUAGUUUAAUCAUCGUACUUCCUGCAGAAGACGUGCACAUAGAAGAAAUGGAAAAGCGAAUUACUGCUCAUCAACUCCUCAAAUGGCUCUCCGAGAUGCAAGAAGAGGAAGUGGAAGUAAGCCUCCCUAGAUUUAAAGUAGAACAAAGAUUAGACUUCAAAGAAGCUCUGUAUUCUUUGAAUAUAACUGAGAUAUUUAGUGGUGGCUGUGACCUUUCUGGAAUAACAGAUUCAGCUGAAGUGUUUGUUUCCCAAGUCAUGCAGUAUGUUUUUUUUGAGAUAAAUGAAGAUGGCAGUGAAGCCGCAACAUCAACUGGCAUGAACAUCCCUGUGAUCAUGAGUCUGGCUCAAAACCAAUUUAUAGCAAAUCAUCCAUUUCUGUUUAUUGUGAAGAAUAACCCAACAGAAUCAAUUUUGUUUAUGGGAAGGGUGACAAAUCCUGACACCCAAAAGAUGAAUGGAAGAGAUUUAGAUUCACUGUGAUUGAAAAGAACAGCCUCAGAACAUAAGAUGAUUCCUGAAAAAUAGUUGAUUGGCAAAAUAGCAUCAUUGUGCAAGUAUUUUCUACAUAUCUUUUUCUGUUUUAACUAUGUGUAUUAAUCUGUACUGAUAUAGAUCUAUAUUAAUGAG